UGAGCGAGAGUUCCACAAGUUCUCCUAAUCCCUUUUUCACUUCAAUCAUCACUCACAAGCCACAACUCACAAAAAUCCCAUAAACAGUGACGAAGGAACGCUGUAUCCGCCAUUGCCGAGUAUAAAUAGGUAGUGCGGCAGCGAAUGUAUGUGGCUGCGCUGCAACCUGCAAGCUUGACUAAGAGAAGAAACUCCAUUCAUGUUGUAGAUCUUUUCUUUGUAUUCUGAUCUUAUGUUUGCGGCUUGAGUAAGUUGAUCCCUUUUCCCUUUUUCCUUCCGGAAUCUGUUAGUUCUCUCGCGCAAUCUUAAAUUAGUUAAUCUACUGUGUGGAUUGAAAAUUAGGGUUUUCUGUUAAUUUGAUGCAAAAUGGUUAAUCGAGAUGAAGAGGAAGUAUUGGAUAGGGUGGAUGUCGAUCUCGAUAAGUACAGAAAGAAGCACAGGUCGAACUCUCAUCAUUAUAGCUGCGGGAAUCAAAGUGAUUCAUCGGAAUCUGGAGAAGUUAGGGAGGACCGAUCCAAGCACAGAAGCGAAAGGCGUGACAAGUAUGGUGAACAGAAAGAAGACGGUGAAAUUAGGGAGGGUAAAGAUAUUAGGGCCAGAGGCGAAAAUAAUAAGGAUUUGACGAAUGGGGGAGGGGAUGAUAGUCGACGCCAUGAACGUGAGGAACUGAGAGAAUCUCGCCACAGAGGUCAUCUCAGAGAUGGGAAGUCCUCGGGGAGAGAAAAGGAUCGAAGGUUGGAGGAUGAGGGUAGGAGGCAUAAUUAUAGCAGCGAGAAUCAAAGUGAUUCCUUGGAACCUGGAGAAGUUAGUAGGGAAGACCGAUCCAAGCACAGAAGCGAAAGGCGUGACAAGUAUAGGGAACAGAAAGAAGACGGUGAAAUUAGGGAGAGUAAAGAUAGUAGGGCUAGAGGCGAAGGUAAUAAAGAUUUGACUGGUGAGGAUAGGGAUGAACGUCGACGCCAUGAACGUGAGGAGCGGAGAGAAUCUCACCACCUUAGUCAUCGCAGAGAUGGAAAGUCUUCAGGGAGAGAGAAGGAUGGAAGAUUGGAGGAUGAGAGUAGGAGGCAUGAUGGUAGUAGAAGGUCCAAGGCAGAUGUGGAUGGACGGGACCGGUACGAGAACGGCCAGAGACAGCGGCAAGCUGAAAGUAGCAGGGACAAAAACAGAGACGGGGGGUUACCUGAGGAAUCAGGCGAUGAUGAUGGGAGAGACACAGAAAUUCGCAGGAUGAGAGAAAGGCACUUACGUAGGAAUGUAGACCCUGAUGAUAGUGGAGAACGUAAAAGAGAAAGAGAAAAACAGAAAGAGAGAGAAAGAAAUGGGAGAGAUGACGAUAGGCACGACCGGAGGCCUAGAAGUGAUUACGAUGAUAAAAGUCAUAAGAGGCGAGAUGAACGGAGAGAUGAUCAAGUACAUGGAAGAGGGAAGAGCACAAAGGAAACCAAUGAGAAGGAAGGAGAUAGGAAGAGACUGGAUGAUUCAAUAUCUCAUAAACCAUCAACAUUACAAGAUGGGAACCCAAAUGGUGAUACAACAAACUUGGGGAGGAGUGGAGGAGUUUACAUUCCUCCAUUUAAGUUGGCUCGGAUGAUGAAAGAUGUGGAAGAUAAAAAUAGUGUUGAAUACCAGCGAUUAACAUGGGAUGCUCUUCGCAAGAGUAUAAAUGGACUUGUAAACAAGGUUAAUGCGACUAACAUUAAGAAUAUUAUCCCAGAAUUAUUCGCUGAGAAUCUUGUUCGGGGUAGAGGGCUCUUUUGCCGGUCAUGUAUGAAGUCACAGAUGGCGUCCCCGGGUUUUACAGAUGUUUUUGCAGCAUUGGUUGCUGUUGUCAACACCAAGUUUCCUGAAGUGGGCGAUCUUCUUUUAAGAAGGAUUGUUUUGCAGCUUAAAAGGGCUUAUAAGAGGAAUGACAAGCCUCAAUUGCUUGCUGCAGUUAAAUUCAUAGCUCAUCUUGUGAAUCAACAAGUGGCGCAUGAGAUUAUUGCUUUGGAGUUGCUAACUCUACUGCUGGAAAAUCCUACUGAUGAUAGUGUUGAGGUGGCUGUCGGGUUUGUCACGGAAUGCGGUUCAUUGCUUCAAGACCUUUCACCACAGGGCAUCCACGGUGAGUGUGCUAGUGGUUCUAGAUGACUUUUUAGUGGAGCA